CUCUGAGGGAGGAGGCACGGUUCGGCCCAGCCAGUGUGUGCGUGUGUGUCCGUCCGUGUGUUGCGUGUUUAUACGUGUGUGUGUGUGCGAGGCCAGGACUGCAGACUAGCAGGCACCUCCGCUGCCGCACUCUUCUUCUUCCACCAGACUUUUUCUUUCCUUUCUGACUUCGCCUCGUCACGGUGCUCAGCUUUCGGGUCCGCUUCUUCUCCCACUCCAGGGUAAAGAGGGAUCAGCGUGGGGGGACAGGAGAGAAGGACGGACGUCGGUGUUGCUUUUCCCCUCCUUCUUCACUCUUUCGUAGUAGCUGACAGCUCCCGGCAGGCAGGAUGAUAGCGGCUCAGCUUCUGGCCUACUACUUCACCGAGUUGAAGGAUGACCAACUCAAAAAGAUUGAUAAGUACCUGUACUCCAUGCGAUUCUCGGAUGAGACGCUGAAGGACAUAAUGAACCGGUUCCGCAGGGAAAUGGAGAACGGGCUUGGCAAUGACACCAACCCUACCGCCACCGUGAAGAUGCUGCCCACCUUCGUAAGGUCCAUCCCUGACGGAUCAGAAAAGGGCGACUUCAUAGCCCUGGAUCUUGGGGGGUCGAACUUCCGGAUCCUGCGUGUCAAAGUGACACAGGACAAGAAGCAGCCGGUUCAGAUGGAGAGCCAGGUCUAUGAGACGCCUGACGACAUCAUCCACGGGAGCGGGACAAGGCUCUUUGACCAUGUUGCUGAGUGCCUGGGUGACUUCAUGGAGAAGCAAAAAAUCAAGGAUAAAAAGCUCCCUGUGGGAUUUACGUUCUCCUUCCCCUGUGCCCAAACCAAACUGGACGAGGCCGUCUUAGUGACAUGGACAAAGAAGUUUAAAGCCAGCGGUGUAGAAGGCGUGGACGUUGUAAAGCUUCUGAACAAAGCCAUCAAGAAAAGAGGGGAUUAUGAAGCCGACAUCAUGGCAGUGGUGAAUGACACAGUUGGCACUAUGAUGACUUGCGGAUUUGACGAUCAACGCUGCGAAGUGGGAAUCAUUAUAGGAACGGGAACAAACGCCUGUUACAUGGAGGAGCUGCGUCACAUCGACCUGGUGGAAGGAGACGAAGGCCGGAUGUGCAUCAACACCGAGUGGGGUGCCUUUGGGGAUGACGGCUCCCUCGAGGACAUUCGCACAGAGUUCGACCGUGAGAUUGACAGAGGUUCCAUCAACCCAGGAAAGCAGCUGUUUGAAAAGAUGGCCAGUGGGAUGUACAUGGGCGAGCUGGUUCGACUCAUCCUGGUCAAGAUGGCCAAAGAAGGACUCCUGUUUGAGGGACGAAUAACCCCUGAGCUCCUGACAAAAGGGAAGAUUGAGACCAAACAUGUCUCUGCAAUUGAGAAGACUAAAGAAGGGUUGAAGAAAUGUAUGGAAAUCCUGACGAGGCUCGGAGUGGAGCCUUCAGAUGAGGACUGUCUGGCCGUGCAGCAUGUGUGCACCAUCGUAUCCUUCCGCUCAGCAAAUCUAAUUUCUGCAACCCUGGGAGCCAUCCUCGCUCGCCUUAAGGAAAACAAAGGAGUUGCACGCCUUCGCACCACAGUGGGCAUCGACGGAUCUCUCUACAAGAUGCAUCCUCAAUAUGCUCGCCGUCUGCACAAAACAGUGCGUCGCUUGGUCCCCGACUCAGAUGUCCGCUUCCUGCUGUCUGAAAGCGGGAGUGCGAAAGGCGCAGCCAUGGUGACAGCAGUGGCGUACCGUUUAACGGAACAAGCACGCCAGAUUCAGCAGACUUUGGCAGAAUUCCGGCUGAGCAAAACUCAGCUGUUAGAAGUGAAGAAACGGAUGAGGGAAGAGAUUGAGAGAGGCCUGAAGAAGAGCAGCCACCAGGAAGCUACGGUCAAAAUGUUGCCUACCUUUGUUCGGUCUACACCGGAUGGAACAGAAAACGGAGAUUUCCUUGCUCUGGACCUCGGAGGAACGAACUUCCGUGUACUUCUGGUUAAGAUUCGCAGUGGGAAGAGGCGAACAGUGGAGAUGCAUAACAAAAUCUACGCCAUUCCUAUAGAAGUCAUGCAGGGCACAGGAGAAGAGCUUUUUGACCACAUUGUGCACUGCAUCUCCGAUUUCCUGGACUACAUGGGAAUGAAAAGUGCUCGACUGCCGCUGGGUUUCACCUUCUCUUUCCCCUGCCAUCAGACCAGCCUGGAUGCAGGUAUCCUUGUAACCUGGACCAAAGGUUUCAAGGCCACGGACUGUGAGGGUGAAGAUGUAGUGGAGCUUCUUCGGGAAGCAAUCAAGAGGAAAGAGGAGUUUGAGUUAGACGUGGUUGCCAUAGUGAACGACACAGUGGGGACGAUGAUGACCUGUGCAUAUGAGGAACCCACAUGUGAGGUGGGACUAAUUGCAGGGACGGGCAGUAACGCCUGUUACAUGGAAGAGAUGAAGAACGUGGAGAUUGUGGAGGGAAAUGAGGGCCGCAUGUGUGUCAAUAUGGAGUGGGGGGCAUUUGGAGACAAUGGCUGUCUGGAUGACAUCAGGACAAUAUACGACCAGGCAGUGGAUGAAAACUCACUCAACGAAGGCAAACAAAGAUAUGAGAAGAUGUGCAGUGGAAUGUACCUCGGUGAGAUUGUCAGGCAGAUCUUGAUCGAUCUCACCAAGCGUGGCUUCCUCUUCCGGGGCCAAAUCUCAGAGACGCUCAAGACCAGGGGCAUCUUUGAGACAAAGUUCCUGUCGCAGAUAGAGAGCGAUCGUCUGGCGCUGCUGCAGGUCAGGGCGAUCCUGCAACAGCUGGGACUCGACAGCACCUGUGAUGACAGUAUUAUCGUCAAGGAGGUGUGUGGCACGGUGUCCCGCCGUGCGGCUCAGAUCUGCGGAGCCGGAAUGGCUGCUGUGGUGGACAAGAUCCGUGAGAACAGAGGACUGGACCACCUGGACGUCACCGUGGGCGUGGACGGCACGCUUUACAAGCUGCACCCACACUUCUCCCGGAUCUUUCAACAGACAGUGAAGGAACUAGCCCCCAAAUGUGACGUCACCUUCCUGCUCUCUGAGGACGGCAGUGGUAAGGGGGCUGCCCUGAUCACUGCUGUGGGCUGCCGCCAGAGGGAGUUGGAUGCCCAGCAACACUGAGGAGUUCUGUCCCGUUUGUCUAUCUGCUGCUCCACCGUGACCUUCACCCACCGCACAGCCCAAAUCCAUCUUCCCUUGGCAGCCGUGACUCCACCUCUGCCCAUCCGGUCCAUCUACAGCCACAAGGACAUGAAACUGAAUAUCUAAAUAUUUAUUUAUACUGCACCAGAGGGUUUAUUAUUUUCAUGUUUGUACAUUUUCCUCAAUAGCUUGUCAAUAAUCUGAGAAAUCUAAACUCCGUAGGUGUGCAAUAUUUGUGUAUUGCUAAUUUUAUUUUAUAUGGAGGCAAAUAUAUAAUUGUAUUUAUAUAGCUAAGGCCACUUUGAAUCCCAGCGGUUAUUUGGCUUUUUCACAACAGAAAUAAGUUAAAUGCCUGCACAUUUUAUAAGAGACUUACAACAGCAGCAUUUCAAUGUAACUUCCAAACGAAGGACGUCCUUCUCACUGAAUGAUGUUUUUACAGGCUCCACUGGUUCUGAAAACCAGUUCCAAAAAGGGCUUGCUGCAUAGGGUUGAAUGCAAGAGUCACGGCUGUUAAAAUCCUCCACAUUUUAUGUGCACCACGCUCACAUACUGUGCUAUGCUACUAACCCCUUUUUUGUGUAUCUGUCAGUGUAACUCGCAUAUUCAAAUAUCCCUGCAAUGUCAUCCCGUUUAUUCCUCGAGAGCGGACAAAAUAGAAAAAGCCCCAGCGAAAGUGUUAGCGUAUCUUAUUGCUAUUUGUGAACUACUAUACUUUUGGUGUUGUGAUGAAUCUACUCAUUGUAUGUGUAAAGAAUAAAUGUUUAUUGGGCCCCCAAGAAACGAGUGGA